CGUGGCGUAAAAGUAACAGCGCGCCCACCGUGUUUCUACACACGCGAUCGAGGGACACUUGACGCUUUAUUCCCGUUUCUUCUCUCGUGUGUGUAUAGCUGCCGGUUUAAAAAGUCCUCUCCUUCAGUCGCCGUUCGCCAACGCGACGGUAUCGCACCAUCUCGUCUCUCGUCGCGCGCUGCGCCGCGAUCGUUCCUCAUCUCCGCGAGCGAGCGCGCGCUCGCGCGCGGGUGAUCUUUCUUGAUCGCCGAUUUUUUUUCCGAUCGUAAUCGCGGUGCUCCAGAUCCGUUUCUUCGCAAAGGUGAAAGUGAGAACCGAGUCGAAUGGAUCUUUAAUACAUAUUCAUUACGGGCUAAAUAUCGCGGACUGAGAUAGUCGGGUGUGCGGUGUGUUGCGUGCGCGAUGUGAAUAUCGCAAAGUUAACGUUCCAGUCCAAUCUCGUUGCGCGUCGCGAGAGAUACAAAUCGAAGAACAGUGAUCUUGAUCAAUCGAUAUCUCCAGAUCCUUUCUCUGAUUAAUCAUGCGGGCGCAUGGGCAUCGUUGACCGAAAAGGAGACAGAUCGGAUCCGCCCCCUGAAAAGUAAUCUAAAUACGGUGAACGCACGACCGGCGCAACCAGGAAGCGGAAACCCGCGAUAUGAUCGCGUCGACGAGAGUGUCCUUGCUCUGCAUGAUUUCGGUUCCCUCGUGACAAACGAGUCCUUGGAGCCGGGCGCUACCUUGCGAAGUCGUCAAUGACUCGAUCAUGAUCUCCGUGACGAGGAAACGUGUCCGGUCUUACGGAUCAAGCUAACCGUCACCCGAGAGGUGUCACCGUGAGGCCACCCGAGAAAAAAAAACUCCCCGUCCGCGCGAGCCAAGGACGAAUUCGGAUUCCGAGGGGUGAAUCUGGGAGAAUCUCCCCGAAUGCGAGAGAAAUGGCGUUGGCGAAUUUCAGUUUACCCUAUCAGUCGGUGACGAUGGCGCCGUUCCUUUACGCGGGUUCGACCGGGGGCCACACGACCCCCAACAACCUUCGUUUGAACGCCGUGCUGCCACCGGGAUCUGCGCCCAGUUACAACGAACGGGAAAGCUUUCAUAACGAACCCUAUACACCACCGAUCAAGUAUCAUCAGCAUCGACGUAGUCAGUCCACGCAGCAGAGGAACCAUGAGGUUUACGCGGAACACACGUCCUUCUCGUCGCAGGACACUCGUUAUGCUGUAUAUAAUCAGGAUUUUAGACGAACUCAACCGAGACAGCAGCAGCAACAGCAGCAGCAGCAGCAGCAUCAGCAGCAUCAGCAACAGCAGCAACAGAUGAGACCACCUCCGCCCCCUUCGUCGUUUCAGCAUCAGCGUUCGCCUGAACCCAUAAAAACUCGGAUAGAGGAGCAGGAAAAUUAUCCAGAAAGACCUAUCGGUUACACGAGGGUCAACGGCGGGAGCUCCGUUGGUCCGGGCACCAAGACCUCGGUCCACGCCGUGUUGGACUACGACGACGAUUUCGACGACUAUUACGACGAGGAGGAUCAAAACAUACCGACGAACGCGCACGUCACGCCUAUCCAGGGCCCGAUCUUCCUGAAGAACGGCACCGUGCCCGUGGUACCCCUGUACUCGUAUCCCCAGCUGAACAACGGAACGUUCGUGCAGAUACCGAUACUUUGGACCGCACUUUCGGUAGCUUUGGGUGUCGAGCUGAGGGGAGACUUAAUACGAGGCGCACCAUGCAUCAAGAGAUAUCAUCAGUUGUUCUGUCCGACCGCUGGCAACACAUAUCCAAUAGAACGGAUAGAACGUUUCAUUGACGAAAAUAAAGCGUUGAUGAAAAGGAUGUACGGUGACUUUGAGAUGAGUCCGGGACACGGGUCGAGCGAGCACGGGCAUCGUGCUAGAACGCGAAGGAAAAGUAGAGAAGCGCGAAAGCACGAUAUCCCGGACGGCGGGCCCAGAGAUGAUGAAUCGCACGUAGAAAGCGAGAUCGGCGAGGAGUAUUUUAGCAGAAGUAGAAAUACCAGGCAGUCCUUUGGGAAAAACCGCAGCACGGAGAGCGGCAGAAUCGACGCGUGCGAAUCGAAAGUUGAGAUCGUGACUCCUUACUGGGCAAGCAACAGUGCCGGAAAGAUUCGCGCCAUCGUGAAUACCCAGCAUUUCGAGCAAGCGAUACACCAGGAAGUGUGCUCGAAAACGCAAACGAAUCGGUGCAGCGGGGACUGCGGGUGCGAGCAGAAGUACAAGUGGCACAGGUUGCUCGCGUACGACCCGGACAACGAUUGCAAGGGUAUAUUCAUGGACUGGUUCCUGUUUCCCUCCUGCUGCGUAUGUCGAUGCGAUCCUAUCAACAGCGGCAAGUUCUCCUCAUCAAAUGCCCGAAACUGAGGCCGGAAAGUGACACAGAGAUUGACACGCUACGUAAAACGUGCCAAGUGAACUCUUAAAAACGGUUUAUUCAUUCUCAACCCAUUUAGACGAUUAUCAUAAGGACUGUUGACAGUAACCUGUGAUAAGAAAAGUGCGCAUAGGUAUAGGCACGAUUUGCGCAUCGGCCAAUUUAAGCGUCCCACCAUUUCGAUUUUUAAAAAUUAGAGACUUUUAUAUAGCGCAACUUUUAAAGGUUGAAGAAUGAUAUGUAUCAAUUGACAAUUCUUUGCUGAUAAAUUAAUCAAAUUAUCGACGAAUUGAUGAUA